AUGCAGCUGGCUUGCUUUGACUCGGACAUCGCCUUGAGCAUCGAUUUUGACGACCGCCUGGAGGACGACGACUUUGACCUCAUUGAAGAAAACCUGGGCGUCAAAGUGAAACGGCAAAAAUUCAGGCGGGUACGGAAAAUGUCCGAUGAUGAAGACGACAAGGAGGAGGAUUACGGCAAGGAGGAACACGAGAAGGAAGCCAUUGCGGAAGAGAUCUUCCAGGACGGGGAAGGCGAGGAGGGGGGCGAUGGAGGCGACGGGCACUUGGCCGCAGCUGAGGAUGAGGAGGACGAAGAGGAAGACGAGUCCGGUGGUGGUUCCAUUGGGGACAUGGUUCCUGGAGCCUUGCAGGAAGCCCAGGAGAUCUUCGGCGUGGACUUUGACUACGAUGAGUUUGAGAAAUACAACGAAUACGAUGAGGAGAUGGAGGACGAGUACGACUACGAGCCGGAAGAUACGGAGGGCGAGAUCCGCGUCCGGCCCAAGAAGACGGCCAAGAAGCGGGUCAGUCGCCGUAGCAUCUUCGAGAUCUACGAGCCCAGCGAGCUGGAGAGCAGCCACCUGACCGACCAGGACAACGAGAUCCGGGUGACCGACAUGCCCGAGCGCUUCCAGCUGCGCUCCAUUCCCGUCAAGAGUGCGGAAGACGACGAGCUGGAAGAGGAAGCCGACUGGAUCUACCGGAACGCCUUCGCCAUGCCCACCAUCUCCCUGCAGGAGAGUUCGGACUACUUGGACCGUGGCCAGAGCAGCAGUAGCUUCAGCCGCAAAGGGCCCAGCACCAUCCAGAAGAUCAAGGAGGCCCUCAACUUCAUGAGGAACCAACACUUUGAGGUCCCCUUCAUCGCCUUUUACCGGAAGGAGUACGUGGAACCCGAGCUGCACAUCAACGACCUCUGGAGAGUCUGGCACUGGGACGAGAAGUGGACCCAGCUGAAGAUCCGUAAGCAGAACCUGACCCGGCUCUUUGAGAAGAUGCAGGCCUACCAGUACGAGCAGAUCUCUGCUGACCCGGACAAGCCCCUGGCUGACGGCAUCCGGGCCCUGGACACCACCGACAUGGAGAGCUGGAAUGUGACCGGCCUGUUUCUCCUUCCAGGCGAGGGAGAGGAUGGAGAGGACGAAGAGCAGAAGGGGCCGGAGCUCAAGCAGGCCUCCCGCCGGGACAUGUACACCAUCUGCCAAGCGGCCGGUCUAGACGGGCUGGCCAAGAAGUUUGGGCUGACCCCCGAGCAGUUUGGGGAGAACCUCCGGGACAGCUACCAGCGCCACGAGACCGAGCAGUUCCCUGCAGAGCCCCUGGAGCUGGCCAAGGACUACGUCUGCAGCCAGUUCCCCAGCCCCGAGGCCGUGCUGGAAGGGGCCUGCUACAUGGUGGCCCUGCAGAUCGCCCGGGAGCCCCUGGUCCGUCAGGUGCUGCGGCAGACUUUCCAGGAGCGGGCCAAGAUCAACGUUGCCCCCACCAAGAAGGGCAAGAAGGACGUGGACGAGGCCCAUUACGCCUACUCCUUCAAGUACCUGAAGAACAAGCCGGUUAAAGAGCUGCGAGAUGAGCAGUUCCUGAAGAUCUUCCUGGCCAAAGAGGAGAGCCUACUGACCAUCGACAUCUCCGUGGACAUGAAGGGCGUGGAGGGCUACGGCAGUGACCAGACCUACUUUGAGGAGAUCAAGGCCUUCUACUACCGCGACGAGUUCAGCCACCAGGUGCAGGAGUGGAACCGCCAGCGCACCCUGGCCAUCGAGCGGGCCCUGCGCCACUUCCUCUACCCGCAGAUGGCCAAGGAGCUGAUGAACAGGCUGCUGCUGGAGGCCAAGGAGUGCGUCAUGAAGGCCUGCAGCCGGAAGCUGUACAACUGGCUGAAGGUGGCCUCUUAUCGCCCGGACCAGCAAGUGGAGGAAGAGGAGGACUUCCUGGACGAGAGCCAAGGGAAGGGCAUCCGGGUGCUGGGCAUCGCCUUCUCCUCGGCCAGGAACCACCCGGUCUUUUGUGCCCUGCUCAACGGGGACGGAGAGGUCACGGAUUUCCUGCGCCUGCCCCACUUCACCAAGCGGAGGAACGCCUGGCGGGAGGAAGAGAGGGAGAAGAAGGCUCAGGAUACUGAGACCCUGAAGAAGUUCCUGCUGGGGAAGAAACCCCACGUGGUGAUCAUUGGGGGAGAAAACAGGGAUGCGCAGAUGCUGGUGGAGGACGUGAAGCGGAUUGUCCACGAACUGGAACAGGGCCAGCAGCUCUCCUCCAUCGGCGUGGAGCUGGUGGACAACGAACUGGCCACCCUUUACAUGAACAGCAAGAAAUCGGAGGCCGAGUUCCGGGACUACCCGCCGGUCUUGCGCCAAGCCGUCUCCCUCGCGCGACGCAUCCAGGACCCGCUGGUGGAGUUUGCCCAAGUCUGCAGCCUGGACGAGGACAUCCUCUGCCUGAAGCUGCACCCCAUGCAGGACCACGUGGAGAAGGAGCAGCUGCUGAACGCUCUCUACUGCGAGUUCAUCAACCGGGUGAACGAGGUGGGCGUGGACGUCAACCGGGCCAUCGCCCACCCCCACAGCCAGGCCCUCCUGCAGUACGUCUGCGGCCUGGGGCCCCGGAAGGGCGCCCACCUGCUGAAGAUCCUGAAACAGAACAACACCCGGCUGGAGAACCGGACUCAGCUGGUCACCAUGUGCCACAUGGGGCCCAAAGUCUUCAUCAACUGCGCCGGCUUCAUCAAGAUCGACACAGCCUCGCUGGGAGACAGCACGGAUUCCUACAUCGAGGUCCUCGACGGCUCCAGGGUCCACCCGGAGACCUACGAAUGGGCGCGGAAGAUGGCCGUGGAUGCUCUGGAAUACGACGAGUCGGCCGAGGACGCCAACCCCGCCGGGGCCCUGGAGGAGAUCCUGGAAAACCCGGAGCGUCUGAAGGAUCUGGACCUGGAUGCCUUCGCGGAAGAGCUGGAGAGGCAGGGCUACGGCGACAAACACAUCACCCUGUACGACAUCCGAGCGGAGCUGAGUUGCCGCUACAAGGACUUGCGCAGCCCGUAUCGCGCGCCCAACUCCGAGGAGGUCUUCAACAUGUUGACCAAGGAGACCCCCGAGACCUUUUACAUCGGUAAGCUGAUCAUCUGCAACGUGACGGGAAUCGCCCAUCGGCGGCCGCAAGGAGAAAGCUACGACCAGGCGAUCCGGAACGACGAGACGGGCCUCUGGCAGUGCCCCUUCUGCCAGCAGGAUAACUUCCCGGAGCUGAGCGAG